AAUGUUUGCACAAUAAGCUGUCGGAUGACUGUUUUGCCAAAGCAAUGUCUUCUCAAGAAUUUACUGUAUUAUACACUCACCAAAAAAUGAAAAAAUCAAAAACAUGGCAAGAUGGAACUCUGAAGAUUAGAACUGGAGGAAAUAAGGCAAUCUUGCUUGAUGAUAAAGGGCAAUGUUUGGACAGUAUGUUUAUAAAAACCCAGGUGAAUGCUGGAGAUAAUUUAGAAAGUGAACGAUAUUUGAUCACAGUUGAAGCAGUAAAAGUGAAUGAAAAACCUUGUGAAGAUCAGCCAAGGAAGGCAGAAAUAAUAGAAGUGAAUAGAAAUGGUGUAAAGCCUGGUAUUCUACCCUCAAGACAUUUGUCUGUUGGCUUGAAGAGGAAGUUUACGGGUUUCCAAGGGCCACGCCAAGUUGAAAAGAAAACACCAACAAUGGAAGAUGGAGAAAACCCAGCAACAUCAUCUAUAUCUAAGCAGUGUCAGGGUAUUUUUCCAACCAAGUUUUGUAUUACCUCUCCAUUGUUUUCUACUAUUGGUGAGAAGAAUGCAGAAACAAAUCUAUCUACAGACUUUCAUGAAGAUGCACUUACAAAUAACAAUAGAGACCAUGGGUCUUUCUCACUGGUUUCGCCUCAGUUUCUUGAUACGUGUAAUGAAAUAGAGAAGAGAAGCUGUGAUCAGUCCCUUGUGAAGCCAGAAUCUCCUCUAAUUACUGGCCACACCAAAUCCAGUGGUCAGACAACUGGUCAUGGGGCAGUAUCACAGAAUAUCAGGAGCACGGCACAGAUAAUAGCUCUUCUGAAAUCUAAAACAACACAAGCAUGCAGAGAGGAAGCAACACCUGAAGUCACCAAAUGUCUUUCUAGAUUUCAAGCACCAGAAAACACGAAUAGUUUGUGUAACCCAAAGAGCACAACCCUACCUGCCUUUUCAGGCAACUCUGACAAAAGACUUGCUCAAAAUAUUCAGAAUUUAUAUUUUACAAAGGAAACUGUAAAUGAUAAAAAGGAAUGGAAUGCUGAAAUGUUUCUAAUUGCUUGUGAUAAAGAAGUCACAGGACAAAGACAUGGCGAAAAGGCAAAUAAUUUAAGUCAACACUUACGGGAUUCCUGCAAUACAAAUAGCUCCUUCCUAUCUGAAUCCACCAUAAAUAGACUACAUGAAAGCCAGUUUGUCCCUUCUUGUUCUGCAAGUCCUACCAUCUUUGAAACACAUCUCUCCACACACAGAGAGCAUUUGGUGACUAAUGGUCUUCAGGAGAAUUCAUCCGUCAAGUCACAAAGUCACCUUCAGCCACAGCAAAGCUCAGAAAGAGAGCAUAGGGACUUGGGGGUCUCUGGGGACAUAACAUUGACUGAAAUUGGAAUUGUGAAGGAGGAAUUAAGUACAUGUGAAAAAGACUGCGGACAAGAUGAGCAGAUAAUGCAGGUUAACUUUAAUCUAUUGGAGGCUUUUGAUUUUAAUGACGCAGAUGAUGGAGACCAGUGUGAAAGAAAUAUGAAAGAGCUCCCUGAGGAAGAUGUGCUUUCAAAAAGUCCAGACAGCUUAGGGGGAGAUGUAGCACAAAAUACUGCAUUGAGGCUUCAUUCUUACUGUGAAAAGGAAGAAAUCAAAUGUUCAACAUUUGGCAGAGAGAAUGAUGGAAAUAUCUGUGCUGCAGGAAUACCGUUGCAGCUUUGUGACAACAAUGUUAGAGAGAGAGAGAGAAUUGUGGAAGACUCUGCAAACCAAACCCAAAUCACAGCGGAAUUUUUGGAUGAGAGAAACUACUUAAUAGAGAUGAACGAAAACCAACUAAGUGUUGAAGACAUGAACAAUAAGGAUGAUCUUGGUGGCUGCACAGCGAAUACUGCUAAUGGCAUGCCAGGGAUAAAAAACAAACACUCUGAUCUUUUGCCUGAUGACACAAAUGUUAUUGAGUGUCACCCUGAAUCUGGUAUGUUUGAGAACACUGAAAGCGUUUCAUGUAUUACUACCAGCAGAGUAAUUUCUGCAGUGGAGAAAAGGAGUGAAGAAGAUGUUAUGCAGCUUGGACGUACAAAAUCCCCAGAUAAUGAUCUAGAACAUUUCUGGGGUACUAAGAGUGAUGACACUAAACCAGGUAGUCCUUUGCUGGCUUUGUCACAACAGUCUGAUCCUUGCUGUGGCCCAUUUCAAUAUAUUGCAGAAUAUCAUCAAAAUGUAUUUGGCAUUUCAUGCAAGGAAGAUACUCUUGUUUCCAGAAGUGCUAUCUAUCCUUUAGGAAAAGGCUAUUCGGCUCCAGAGGAAGCAGAAAUAGGUGAAACUGAGUUUGAAAACGUGGAGAGUAUAAAUGCCCUUCACGAAGCCUGCAAAGGUGAAAGAAUAGGAAUGGAUUGCCUGAAAUGCACGGCAAUGGCUGAAAAUUCAUCAGAUCUUCCUGACUUGGUAAACAAUAUCGCUCUUCUAAGAGCUUUGUCUCAACAUAGCACAGCAUUAGAAAGCUUACAAAAGAUGGAGGAAAAUGAUAGCAUGUUAUAUGAAGCAGAGACUUCUAAAGAGAUAUUUGAACCACUUGUGACAGAUGAAGGUUCAGUAAUUAUUCAGAUGUUUUCGUGUCAAAUGACUUCUGUAUCUUAUUAUGCUUUUCUAUCUCUCGUAGCUAUAAAAGAGUUUACAGAAAUGCCUUACUCAGAAAGUAUAGAGGCAUCUUCAUGUUCAUGCAUUGAUUCUUCUGGCAUUUUGUCUCCAGGUUCAGGAAGGCUUCACAAGGAUGAUACCAACUUCAUUGGAGAGGAGAAUUUUGAAAAGAAGUCUAACUUUAUUAAAGAAUCGAUAGUAGAUCUGUCCCCACUGGCACUGAAUGCACACUCUGAAGUUCCACUGUGGAUAAUGUCAGGCUCACCUUCAUGUUCUAAUCUGGGACAAACGCAGUGGUCACCAUGGGAAGCUGACAAGAUGAUUUCAUCAGUACAACUGACUUCCUCAGUUUCUCCAGCUUCAGGAAGUAAGGAAACUGUUCAAGACAUCCAGACCCCCCUGAUUCACAGGAACCUUCUAAGUGAUUCUGAACUUUCAGAAAAUGUUUUCACAUGGGAGAAACACAGCUAUCCAGAGGAAUGCAGCCCUACAAGACUCAAACCCACAGUUAAAACACGAACUCCACUUGUCACUGUUCCUGGCACUGAGAAGAUUCCCAACGUGGAAUUUUUUCUAACCGACGGUGAGAAGAGUCAGCAAUCUUCUGGCUCUUCAGUCGUCAGUUUUAGCAGCAAGUCAGCAGCGUUUCCUAUCAGUGCUUCUAGCCCUGAGGACAGGAAUUAUGAAACCUCUGUGUUUGGAGAGUAUAUGGAAGACAGACAAAGGGAAUCUGUACAGCCAGUGUUCCCUAAUGUGACUUCGCUCUGUAGACAAAGCAAGUGGUUGAAAUAUCAAAGCAGUACUUGGUGUGACUUGAUAACUCAAAACAGCGAUGAUGUGGAAGUGACGGAUGGCAUCUGUCCUGAGAGCAUCCUCGGAAUGCUGCUAGGUGACACAGGAGAGAGCCAGAGCAGCGCUGUGAAUGAAAACGCUCCCGGCUCUGCGCCUCUGCAGACAGCAAAGAGCAUGCUUGGUAAAUGCAGCGCAAAGAGCAGCAGCCAAGAUUUGAUUUCAGAGAGGAAGUUACUUUCUCUGCACUUAAGUCAGGCUCCUUUAGGUGAACCUACACAAAAGGUGUUAAGUCACCUGAGCUGCCACACUGUAACAGGAGAUGUCCAGGAAAUAACAGUUUCUGAGUUGUCUUUUCCUAAUAUGGACAAGGUAAAAUAUGCUAAUCUUCCUAAAAGAAGGAUUGCCAUACCAAUUGUAUUUCAGUCUCAUGUUCACUACAAACAGAUUUUUAAAGCUGCUUUGACAGAGCAUUUAAACAUAAUGCUUUUUGAGUUGUCACAAAGAUUACACAAUGCUCUUUCAAAAGUGGAUGUAUCAUUUUACACUUCAUUGAAAAAUGGGCAAAGUGAGAGCAAAGAAAGCGGUGUUCUACUCUGCAGUCAUAUGCGUCCUGCUAAGCUUGUUACGGUGAAAAAAGAAGGUCAAAACAAGGGUCGUUUGUUCUAUGCCUGUGAUGCCCCAAGAGCUGAGCGGUGUUCAUUUUUCAAGUGGAUAGAAGAAGUAAAUCCUGCACAGAUAAAAUCCAGGCCUAGUGUAGUGCUUCAUGAUAUAAAAAGUAUUGGGACAUACCUCCGAAGUCAAAAGAUUUCUCUCUUUGAGGGAUGCCAGCUUUUGGUGAGGAAAGCUUAUGGAAUUCAAACACAACGGUGUAGCAAGUUUAAGAAAUUUAUGAAUGUACAUGCGAAAUUUGAUGGUGAUUCUAAAAAUAAAUUGUACCUCAAACUAAGCAGAAAGGAACAUUACUCUGUCUAUAGCAAAGAUGAUAUUUGGGUUGUUUCGAAGACUCUGAACUUUGAUCCCCUUGAUACCUUCAUUGCAUGUAGCGCCUUCUUUGGACCAUCCUCUAACAACGAAGUAGAAUUACUACCACUGAAAGGCUACUACCCCUCAAACUGGCAAUCAAAUAUAUCUGUUCAUGCGUUGCUAGUUUGUAAUGCUAGUGGUGAGCUUACAUCUUUAAGAAAUAUGGAGGAAUACUUCAAUCCAUCUACUUUACCACUAAUACCAUAUCUACUAAAAAUGAAUCUUGAUUCUGAGAAACCUGCUAAGAGAGUCAACAAAAGAAAAUUUACUCCACCUGCCAUGAGCCUGGAACGCACAAUGAUGCAUGGACCUGUCAGCACUGAAGCGGCGAUGGGACUGGCUGAAAAGAUGAUCGAAACUUUCUCGUUGAAUCCAGAUCAAGCCACAUCACUGGUUCAGAUAGCUCAGAUGAUGACCUCACGUGAAAAUAUCAAACCAGUGGAAGAACAUCAGAUCUUCCCUAUCACAAUCAUACGUGGUGUUUUUGGAGCUGGAAAGAGCUAUUUGCUGUCUGUUGUGAUCUUGUUCCUAGUACAACUCUUUGAAAGCAGUGAAGCUGAGGAGGGUCCAAGACCAGCUCCAUGGAAACUUCUCAUUGCUUCUUCCACGAACGUUGCCGUUGACAGGAUACUGCUGGGUCUACUUGAUCUUGGAUUUGAAGAUUUUAUCAGAGUGGGAAGUAUUAGGAAGAUCACCAAAGCAAUUCUUCCUUAUAGUUUACACGCUGGCUCAGGAAACGAAAAUGAACAAUUAAAAGAACUUCUUGCUCUCCUGAAAGAAGAUUUAACUCCCAUUGAAAAAAUAUACGUAAGGAAGAGUAUUGAGCAACAUAAACUGGGGACCAAUAAAACUAUAUUACAACAGGUGAAAGUGGUUGGAGCGACCUGUGCUGCCUGCCCGUUCCCUUGCUUGAAUAAUCUCAAGUUUCCUGUAGUGAUGCUGGAUGAGUGCAGUCAGAUGACCGAACCUGCUUCUCUCCUUCCUAUCGCAAGGUUUCAGUGUGAAAAGCUAGUCCUUGUUGGAGACCCUAAACAAUUACCACCAACUAUUCAAGGGUCUGAGAGCGUUCACGAAAAAGGAUUGGAGCAGACUCUCUUUGAUCGGCUUUGCUUAAUGGGACAUAAAACAAUACCACUUCGGACACAGUACCGAUGCCACCCUGCUAUUAGUGCCAUAGCCAAUGAGCUGUUCUAUGAAGGAAAUCUGAUAGAUGGCGUUUCUGAGAAAGAAAGAAGUCCUUUAUUGGAUUGGCUUCCAACACUAUGUUUUUAUAGUGCUAAUGGAAUGGAGCAAACUGAAAGAGACAACAGCUUUUACAACAUGGCAGAAGCUCAUUUUACAGUCAAGCUUAUCCAGUCUCUGACUGCAAGUGGAAUAGAAGGAUCUGUAAUCGGUGUGAUUACUCUUUAUAAAUCACAGAUGUGUAAGAUUCAGAAUUUGCUUAACAGCGUACACUCUGAGGCCUUUGAAAUCAAAGCUGUGCAGGUGUCCACUGUAGAUGCAUUCCAAGGAGCUGAGAAGGAGAUCAUUGUUCUGUCGUGUGUAAGAACAAGACAAAUGGGGUUCAUAGACUCAGAAAAGAGAAUGAAUGUUGCGCUAACAAGAGCAAAGAGGCAUUUGUUGAUUGUUGGAAAUCUGGCCUGCCUAAGUAAGAACAGACUCUGGGGAAGAGUAAUUCAUCACUGCAAAGAAUGGGAAAAUGGAUUGCAACAUGUAAGCCAGUGUGAGCAGCAGCUGAACAACAUUCUUAAGUGUUAUUUGGAGGAAAAGGAGAAGGAAGAAAAGAGUAAGAAACAGGAAAAAUAAAUGUGCACAUAUUUUAUGAAGACAAUAUAUGAAUGGUGUGUCUAUAAAAUUUACC